AUGAAAGCUUAUACAUAUAAUAAUGAUGAUUCAGAUAAUUUAAAAUUUAAAAUAAUAAAUAAUAAUAUUUUAAUAGUUAAAAUAAAUAGAAAUAAUAGAAGGAAUGCAGUUGAUAAAAAAACAGCAAAUAAAUUAUAUUCAAUAUUUAAAGAGUUUAACAAAGAUGAUAAAUUAGAUGUAGCAAUAUUGUAUGGAGGCAAAGAUUCCUUUUGUUCAGGUGCAGAUUUAAAAGAAUUGUCCAAUGGAUUUGAAAAUGGAAACAAAGUAAUAUCACCCAAAGAAACUGAUUAUGGACCAAUGGGGUGCACCAGACUAAAACUAGACAAACCCGUUAUAUGUGCAAUUAGUGGCUAUUGUGUUGCUGGUGGUUUGGAAUUAGCUCUAUGGUGUGAUUUACGUGUUUCUUCAAGUAAGAGUAUCUUUGGUGUGUUUUGUAGAAGAUGGGGUGUUCCUCUUAUUGAUGGUGGCACAAUUAGAUUACCAAGACUUAUUGGACACUCAAGAGCAAUGGACUUAAUUCUAACCGGUAGACAAGUGUUAGCUGAUGAAGCUUUACAAAUAGGUUUGGUUAAUAGGGUUGUGGAAGUACAUCAAGUACUAGAAUCUUCCAUAGAAUUAGCAAAGCUAAUAUCAUCAUUCCCAAAAAAAUGUUUAAGAAGAGAUAGGUUGUCUGCAAUAGAACAAUGGGACUUAGAUGCAAAUGAAGCACUAGAAAACGAAUAUAGAUUGGGAAUUAAAUCAUUAUCUGAGGAAGGUCAAAAAGGUUCGAUUAAUUUUAAAAAAGGUCAAGGUAGACAUGGUAUUUUUUUUAAUAACACAAAUAAUAAUUCAAAUAAUAAUACAAAUAAUUUAAUUUCUAAAUUAUAA